UUGGAGGCGCCUCGCUAGCACGAGGCGCUCCGAUUGGUCCUCGCUGUCCGAUCCAAUCAACGGCGGCGGUGUUUGGAGGCGCCGACGCGAGGAGAGAGCGGCGCGGCUGCGGCCAUGCUUCGGCGCCAGGCCCGUGAGCGCCGUGAGUACCUGCAGCGCCGGGCGCAGGAGGAGCGGCUGCGGCGGCAGCAGGACAAGAAGGAGCAGCUGCGACAGGCCCUGGAUGAGAACCGACUGCUGCCCACUGAGCUGAGGCGCCAGGCGCUGGCCUUGCAGAAGGAGCUGGAGUUUGAGACACCGGGGGAAAAUGGUGUGACGGGCAGCCAGGACGAUGAGUACCGGUGGGCAGGGCUGGAGCUCCCCAAGGUGAUGGUGACAACCUCGCGUGACCCCAGCAGCCGCCUCCGUGUCUUUGCCAAGGUGGGUGAUGCCUCAGUUGUUGGUAAGGCUCACGGGAUGGAGUCUGGCUUUGGUAACAUGGGUGGGGCUUUGGGUUGGCUCUGCCCCCAGUCUUUGUGCUUUGUUCUUUAGGUUGGGUCUGGAGUGGGUGAGCGGAGCUUGAAUGGUGCCCCCCGUGGGCCUGAAUCCA